AUGAGGGGCUGGAGGAGGUGGCCCUGGGGCUGAAGGUUCCCUCCCAGCUGGACCUUAAGUGCCCAGCCACUCCCUGGCCUCUCCACAGAGCCAGCCUCUGCCUCAGUCUCAGCCAGACAUGUCCAGCCUCCAGGCCUGUGCUCUGGCCUGCCCCUGCGGCCUCUCCCAGAGAACCAGGGAUGCUGGGCUGGGGUGCCCCAUGCCCCAGUCACGACCUCUGGUUUCAACUCUGCAGAGAAGCAGCUGGCACUGAGGAAUGCCCUGCAGUACUUCCCCCCGGAUGUCCAGGAGCUGCUGGCCCCAGAGUUUGCCCAGGAGCUGCGACUGUACAGGCAUAUCUAUAUGUACUGGUUCUGCCCCUGCAUUGAAAUGAGGUGAGGCCUACCCAUUGAGCAGUACCCUUGCAGGACAAAAGCUGCAGCAGCCAUCAUGCACAUGAUUAUGAACAACUUGGACCCCGCCGUGGCCCAGUUUCCCCAGGAGCUCGUAACCUAUGGAGGAAAUGAGCAGAUAUUCAGGAACGGGGCUCAGUUCUGGCUGAUGCUGUCCUACUUGUCCCAGAUGACAGAGGAGCAGACCUUGGUUAUGUACAGCAGACACUCACUGGGCCUCUUCCCAAGCAGCCCUGGGCCCCUGAGGCUGGUCAUCACCAAUGCGAUGGUCAUCCCCAACUACUCUUCCAGAACAGAAAUUGAGAAGCUCUUUGCCAUUGGGGUGGAUGAAGCCACCGUCCUGAAAUGCUACCAGCAAGGCUGGCUGAUGGAAGUGACCGACAGCAUGGACAAGUGCAUUGAAAGACUCAGGGAAGCAAGGGGGAAAAAGGAGGUGCUCAGCCUUGAUUACCAUGGCAUUGUGGUGGAUCUUUGGGAGUGCCUGGUUCACAAAUUGGACACAACAGGGGAGCUCUUGGUGGACCUGGGGUCAGAUCAGACAUCCUGCCACAACCCAUUCAGUGGUGGCUAUUAUCCUGUGCAGCCUGGUUUUGCAGAGGCCCAAAGCCUCAUGGCCUCUGACUCUGCCACAUUCAAGGACCUGGUCCAGGAAAGUCUGAAGAGGCAAGUCUCUGCUAUCAACAGGGUGGCCAAGGAGAACUUCUUCUUUUGGGACUAUGAUAACACCUUCCUCUUGGAGGUCCAGAGAGCAGGAGCCAACGUGGAGAAGAAAGGUGCCAAAAGGACAGAGUUCUGCUACCCCUCGUACGUCUAGCAUGUUAUGGGGGACAAAUUCUCCCAGGGAUUUGGGCCUUUCCACUAGGUAUGCACAUCGGGGGAUCCCCAGGACUUGGCAGUCACUGAUCAGCUGGCCACAUCUGUGCUGGAGGAAGCCGUUGCUGGUGGAGUGAACCCAGCUGUGACUCUGCAGUAUGUGGACAACAUUCACUGGAUCCAGGAGGCUGCCAAGCACUAUGAGGUUUUUGGAGUAAAAGCUGCCAGAGUGUGCAAGCCCCCUUAUAUCUGUAUCCUAGAGGCCUCACAGUCCCAGGGCUCAUGGUUAGGACCCAGGAGUGACUUGAAAAUUCUUGCUUCUUACAAGGGUGAGGUAAUCAAUGGGGGGUUUGGCCUCAUGCUGGAUGGGACCCAGGAGGCUGAGCAGAAGGCCAAGGUGAUGCUCUGUUGGGACGUCUCCAAUGGAGUGGCCUGCCGUUGGUCUGGGAACUGGAAGGCCUACGAGAUCAUCUGCCAGACAAUGCAGGAGAACAAGGGCUUGGUGGUGACACUCCCACAUGAGGUCGCAGAUGAGCACAUGCUCCAGCAGGCCUUGUGGCCAUGA